AACCAAAAUCUGAAGAGUAUGAAGAAGACAGAACAAAAGACAUAAAGAACAUGAAAUUGUGCUGCUCACAAACAGACUCUUCUCUUCAGAAAGAGGUCACUGGUCAAAACCCAAAUCUUGGAACAAAAUCCAACAAACAAGUCAACAAACUCUACAACAGACUAGAUCUGACAAAAUGUCUUCAAGAUAAAAUGAGUACAAAAGACAUUCUUAAAAUCAGUAAGACUUCAUUUCAGUCUCAGGAGCCACAGAAAGAAAAUGAACUGGUGAACUUUUUCCUACAAAAGCUGAUAAACAUGGACUACAGAGCAAGAUACACAGUUACAAAACACACAAAGAAAAAUAACCAAAAAACAACUGUCACUAAAACAGAAGGUGAGGAUCACAGUGCAAACUACAACCCUGAAGUGAAUAACUAUGAUAUCCACCCAAUGGAUGUUCAGAUGGCCGUGUUUCAUUGUGCUGAUGGUUUCCUGAAGCAGCUGAUGGUGACUAAACUCUCACAGUGUCAGUAUGCACUGCCUCUGCUUGUUCCUGAUCCAUUCACACAACAGAUUGAGUUUCCUCUCUGGACAUUUAGACAAAUCAACAAGAGCUGGAAGAUGAAGAACAGCAACAAUGAGAUCAUCAGUCAAACCCAGCCGGUCUACAAGGCAGAGACUCCAAUGGUGGCUUUCUUCAGGUUUGGCUCAGUGUCUUCAUCUAAGUCUCAGCUGAUGAACAGCCUCAUCAAUGAGAAACCCCACACGUUCUUCCACAGGAACUGCUCAGGCGGCAGCAGAAGCAGAUUACUGAUGGAUGGAGUGGUGGAGAUCGCCUGGUACUGUCCUUCUGGGAAAAAGACAGACGCAUUUGAUGACUGUGUUGCUUUCUGUAAUCUUCAUGGUGAUGCAGCAGCCAAUGAGGAACAAUAUAAGAUCCUGACCAGCAUGGCAUCAGUAAAUGUCCUCUUCUUACCUGAUUUUGGACAGAAGAACCACUACAAGGGUUUGGUGAGAUCACUCUUCAGGUCUUCUCAGCCUCUCAUUUGUCUGCUCACUGACAAUAACUGUGAUAAAACUGAACUAGGGAACGGAAAAUGUAUAACUGGUCUUUUGAACACAAACCAAGCUGAUUUAUCUGAGCAAAUAAGAGAGACUGUCAAAGAGACUUUGAUCAAGCAAAAAAAGAGCUUCAAGCUUGAAGAUGUGGCCGAACACACAGGAAUCAGAGUAGAUGAGGAUGAUCCAGAGUGUCAGAGAGGAAAACAGGCAGCAGAUCAGAUCAUGGGUUUACUGAGAGGAAAAGAUCCAUCAACAGUGAAAGAAACAAUCCUGCCCCGUCAGGGGAAACUGUGGCAUGACUGGUGUAAAAUGAACAAAGAGCUGCAUCAUCUACAAGGAGAAAAUCUAGAGGAAGAUAAAAGUACCAAACUGAAGAACAUGAGAGCUUUAAGAGAAAAACAGAUGAAACAAGGAUUGAGUGAGUGUAUGAGGAAAUUUAUUGAAACAACGAAAUCACAGAGCAACAAUGAAAAAAACUAUUUCAUCAGAUGGAUGAUGAACCUGUUGAAUGACUUCACUUCAGAUGAGCUCUGUGGACUUCAUAAGGAGUAUGAUGUUAAAUGGCAUGAAGUCUUAACAUUGAAAAAGAUGCCUGACAAACUAGACAAACUGCAGAUUGAACAAACAAACCUGGAAAACAUAUCAGAGCAAAUUAACAGGACAAGUUUUGGCUUGGAGCACAUCCUGAGAGAGUUUGGUCAGAUCUAUGAAUCAUGGUCAUCUGUGAAGAAGAACAAGGAAGACAGUCUGCAGUUUGACUUCUGUUCUCUCCCGAGUCUUGCAGCAGAGAUGAUGAUCUCAGGAUUUCCCAUGGAGCUGAUGGAUGGAGAUGCUGCUCAUGUUCCUCUCAGCUGGGUCACUGCUGUUCUAGAUGAACUUGUUAAGAAACUGGGAGACCAGAAACUCUUUGUGCUGUCAAUAUUAGGGAUUCAGAGUUCUGGGAAAUCCACUAUGCUGAAUGCCAUGUUUGGACUGCAGUUUGCGGUCAGUGCUGGCAGAUGCACCAGAGGAGCUUUCAUGCAGCUGAUCAAAGUGUCAGAAGAGAUGAAAACAGAGUUGAGGUUUGACUACAUUCUGGUUGUUGAUACUGAAGGACUUCGUGCACAAGAACUGGCUGAAAGGUCAAAUACACAUCGUGACAAUGAAAUGGCUACAUUUGUUGUUGGUCUUGGAAAUAUGACCCUCAUCAAUAUAUUUGGAGAAAACCCAUCUGAGAUGCAGGACAUUCUUCAGAUUGUUGUUCAGGCCUUCCUGAGGAUGAAUAAAGUCAGACUGAAUCCAAGCUGCAUGUUUGUGCAUCAGAAUGUCUCAGAUAUUACAGCUAGAGAGAAAAACAUGGAGGGAAGGAGACGACUGCUGGACAAACUGGAUGAAAUGACAAAAAUCGCUGCUAGAGAGGAAGUCUGUGAAGCUGAGGGUUUCAGUGAUGUGAUUGCGUUUGAUAUCCAGAAUGAUGUGAAGUAUUUUGCUCAGCUCUGGGAGGGCAGCCCACCCAUGGCUCCACCAAACCCAAACUACUGCGAGAACAUUCUGGAACUGAAACAAACUAUUCCAAGACAUGCUUCAAAAUCAGACGGUAUAAUGCUGACACACCUAAGAGACCGCAUUCAAGAUCUCUGGGAGGCUUUGCUUAAUGAACAGUUUGUGUUCAGCUUCAAAAAUUCACAGGAAAUCGCAACAUACAAGAAACUAGAGACUGAAUACAGCAAGUGGACCUGGAGCCUUCGGAGUGCCACGCUGGAAAUUGAAAACAAGCUUCAUAACAAAAUAGAAAAUGAAGCAAUUUAUGUUGUUGAGGAAACUGAUCUUGAAACAGAGCUGAAACCAAAAAGUGAAGAAGUGAAAAAGACGCUGUCUGAUUUCUUUGAGAAAGACAGAGAUGCAGGUAUAUUGAAUCAGUGGAAAGCUUCAUUUGAGAUAAAAAUCAAAGAGCUUCAAGAAAACAUUGUGAGGGAAACUAAGAGAAAAUUAAAUGAGGUUCUUCAGCAGCGUCAACUGAAGAAAAAGAUUGAUGCUCAGAGAAGACAACACGAAAACACUCUCUUUGAAAAGAGCAAAGAACUUGCCUUAAAAUUUAAAGACCAAGCAACUGAUGAAAAUGUCAUGAAAACACAAUUUGAGUUCUUUUGGAAAAAACAGACAGAAGAGAUCAUCAGAGACACUCCUUUGGUCAAAGAUAUUGACAUAUUAAGAGAUGUGAAAAUGCUCCUAAUUCAGACCUAUAAAAGUCUCCCUUCAGACCAUAUGAAAGAGAGCUGUAAGCACAAAGAUAUGUUCUGUUUGCCGAGCUUUUCAGAAUGUGUACGGUUAAAGAAAUCCAGUGGAUUUACAGGACUACUUAAAAAUGUCUACAAAGGAGCUAAAGAGAAGAUUGGUCUAAAUGAUGCUUUAUCUAAAGAGGAUGAAAUCCAGAUAAGAGACUUAAUCACAGACAUUGCUGAGCAGACAGAUAAAAUGAUUCAGUCAUAUAACAUUGCAAAAAUGGGCUACAACAUUAGCUACAUUCAACAACUCACAGAUUACAUAAAGACAAGAUUAACGCAGCAUGAAGAUGGGCCAAAAGUGAAAUAUGUGUUCAAGAGUGAAUUCUUCGUGGAUCUGGUACUUUGCAUAUGCCAUAAAGCAAAAACGACAAUCACAGAUCAAUACAAAUUGUUCAGGGAUGCCAAUGAUCCUGUUCUCUAUUUUAAUAGAAAGCGUGAAGAGUACUACAGCAUUUUCCAGAAAUACUGUCAAGGAGCAUCAUCAACUGCUAUUUUUGGUGAAUUUGUUUGUAAUAAACUCAAAGAUCCCAUUCAGCAGAAUGUCUACAAAAAAACUGUUAGAGAUUUAGCAGAUGAAAUGAAGACAAACUGUGAAUCACUAAAUGGGAACCGAUCAAAUCUGGAGAAACACAUCCUGAGGACACUGGCAGAAAAACAGGACUUCAACGCAUACAUGAUAUACAUUAAAAAUCCUAAAGAACACUUCAAAAAUUUCAUCAGAGGUGAAGUCAGUCAGUACAUCACUGAAAGAUUUGAAGAUAGUGUUCGACCCAAGAUGGAAAACAGCAUUAAACUGCUGGAGCAGAAGAUCACAGAAGCAGCACAUGAAUCUGCCAAACAGACUAAUGUUGAUUUGUGGUUGCAUCAUUUCACUCGACAGCUCUCGGAUGUGCUGGUAUUCUCUGUAAAUGACCUCACUGGAGUGAAUCAUGAUGAUGUUGAAGUCAGCUUCCUAGAAGAUGUGAUGAAGAGAGAACUUUCUUCUAUAAUAACUGACAUAAUCAGUAAAUUCAGCACAGCAACUUUUCCAGUAAAGCUGGAACACAAAGACAGACCAGAUGAGAUUCUGACUGAUCACCUCUGUGAUUGCUGUUGGGUUCAGUGUCCUUUCUGUGCAUCCAUCUGCACAAACACAAUAGAAAACCAUCCUGGAGAUCACAGUGUGCCUUUCCAUCGUAAUAAUGGAUUGAAUGGGUGGUUUUACAGAGGAACAACAAACCUAGCUAUCAACAUCUGCACAUCAGCAGUAACCAGUGAUCAAUCUUUUUAUCCAAAUAGUUCAGAUGAUGUCAAAGUUCCCUGGAAGGAAUACAGAAAAGGAGGUCCUAAAUAUGCUUCAUGGAGCAUCACCCCAGAUCUCUCUGUGCUGCCGUACUGGAAGUGGUUUGUGUGCAGAUUCCAAACAGAUCUGGAAAAUCACUAUGAAAAAACCUUUGAGGGGAGCGGCAAGAUUCCAGAUGAAUGGAGAAAAUACUCUCAAGAGGAAGCUAUUGAGAGUCUGAAUAAAUACAUUUAGAGAACAAUUAUCAAAGACUCUGAUACAAAGACAGUCUAAAUAAAUAUCUAUAUUACAGACUCCAUUCAGAGCCAUGUAGCUAUGAGAAAUGCAAUUUACUAUUAUGACCAGAAGCAUGCUUGAAAGUUGAAUAUUGCACUUCAAGAUUCAUGAACAAGCCUACCUUUUCAAGCAGACUUGGUUUUGAGUUUAGAAGAAAACAUUCAUACCAAAUAAACCAAACUCUGCCCAGAAGUAGACUUACGUCUGCACCAAAAGCUCUAGUGUGAAAACACUUUGUAAGAAAUGCUGUUUGUCUGGUUUAAGCUUAAACAAUGA